AUGACAAUAGUUUCUUCAUCACCAAUUCUCAAUUUCUCAUGCCUUAAUUAAGACUAAUAAUAGAAGGAAAAAAAAUAUAUAUAUAUAAAAGAGUCAUGCUCAACCACAAGGAUCUCAUUCACUAGAAUACCUUUCAUUUUAUUUUCUUUUAAAAAAAGAUACAUUUUAUUUUAUUUUCCCUUGAUAAAAAUUAAAUUAAAACAACACUCAUUAAAUUAUAGUCUCUUCUUGUUCACAUCAUCCCUCUUUUCUCCUCUACUACUCUACAACUCUAUAUAUAUAUGCUUCCUCUUCACCUUGAUCAAGACAUACAUCCCCCCAUUUCUUGCCAACUCCUCUAGAACUUCUCCACCCUCUUCUUCACAACACACACAAAAAAAAAAAAAAAAAAAAAAAAGAUAUAUGAUGGAUGAGAGAAAAAUAGUAGUGGUGGUAGAAGAAUCAGAAACAGCAAGAACAGCUCUAAAAUGGGCGCUACAAAACCUCGUUCGAUACGGCGACGUCGUGACACUCCUCCAUAUAUGUCCUUACUACCCUCCUAGGUCACGUAACAAGAAGAAACUUAGGCUUCUUCGCUUAAAGGGUUAUCAAUUAGCUCUUUCUUUCAAUGACAUUUGUACCUCUUCAUCUAUUAAUACGAAAAUAGAGAUAGUGGUGACAGAAGAUGAUGCAGAAGGAGAGAAAAUGGUGGGGUUGGUUAGAGAAAUGGGUGCCUUUGCUUUGGUUCUUGGUCUUCAUGAUCAUAGUUUUUUCUACAGGUUGGCAAUGAGACAUGAUAAUAUAACAAAGACAUUGAAUUGCAAAGUUCUUGCAAUAAAACAACCAAGGCCGUCAUGUUCAUCGUCAUCGGCUAGACUGACUACGAGUGCAAAAUCAUAUGCAUGCAUCACUCAACUCGAAGCUUCACUCACUUUGGACUUUUCUCAAAUCGAAGUUGCUCCUUUGCAAGUUCCUGAUAUAAUCCCACAAAAGAUUCCAUACCAAAUUUGUCCAGACCCUUCUGCAAUAAUAUGGAGAUCCAAGAAGACAAGGAGAAGAUCACCCACACAAGACUAACUUGUUUAUCAUUAUUAAUCCAUACUUUUUUUUUUUUGGUUCUCUUUUUAUAUAUCAUUUUAUGUUAUUUUCUUUUAGCUAGGUUUGAUAUGGAAAAAAUUACCAAAGAAAAGUAGUUGAAAAAAUUGAAAUCAUGCAAGUGGUUGCUUUUGAAAUUAAACAGAAAAAGUGUUGAUACUAUACAUGUAGAAAGAAAACAUACAUUGUGGAUUUGAGGGAACAAGAUUUGGUGGUCUAACUUAUUUCAGGACCCUUUUUAUGUGUGAUGAGAUGAGUAAGUGACUAAGUGUAGAUGUGGGUGUGUCAAUAAAUUCAAUUGUUGCAUAGCACCUUUGUUUCUCA